GAUUUUUCUGCACGUAAAAGUUGGAGAACUACUAGGAGAGUUUGGGUGGAAGACCUCAGCCUUAAUGCAGGGCUGAUAUUUGCUUUGGGGACAGAUUUCGUGAGAAUUCAGAAGAAAAAGCCUUACGUCCUUGGGCAGAUGAGAAUGCAACGGCUCUCUGGUCGGAACCUUUCUUUUUUUUUUUAUGCAGGUAUUUCUUGGAAAUUGGCGGCUCCCUAAGCAGGUCCUUGGCUGUUUGACUACCACGCGCAGUUCAAAGACCUUUUGGCCCUUUUCCCUGACAUCCAGUUUGUCGCAGUCGUUUUCCACCAGAGAACCAGACAUUCGCCCCGCCGACCACGGCGGGGCGCGCGCGGCGUUUGGCAACUGCUCAUCCACCGCUUCCCGGGUACGCCUUCGCGCUCUCAAGAACAGGCACUGGGAGUUCCUGCCUCUGGUCUCCAGCUGUUGCCCUCGUGUCGCGAGAACUGAUCCUCCCGUCCUCUACUCUCACCAAGCCCCCUCCCGUGGGCAGGUUCCAUAUUGGGUAAAAUCUCGGCUGGCGGAGAGUACCGGGAGCUGUUCUCGCGAUAGUACUGCGGAAGGCUCCAGUUUGCUGGCUCUGGAACAGCGACCACUGGAACCUUGGCGGACGCUGCAGCUGCAGCCGUAGCCUCGCGGCGCACCCAGAAGUCGGCGUGGUCAGGGAGAGGGUGCAGAGAGAGGGUGUCGGGCGCAGCCUUGAGCCUUGGAGCUCGCCCCGGCCUCUAAGGCGCUUCCAGCCGCUGCGGUUGACAGGGGUCGCGCACGCCGGAAUCGGCGGGGUCUCGGUGCCGCACUUGCGCGGGUGGCCAGAGCAGGGUCCCCGCCCUGCAGGGCGGGCGACAGGGCUCCUGGGAGUGGGUGCGGGAGCAGGCGGGGCCCCUCAGGGCCACCUCCUCGUUCCGCGGCUGCCGCUGUAAGAUGUCUCAGGAGAGGCCCACGUUCUACCGGCAAGAGCUGAACAAGACAAUCUGGGAGGUGCCCGAGCGUUACCAGAAUCUGUCCCCGGUGGGCUCCGGCGCCUAUGGCUCCGUGUGUGCUGCUUUUGACACAAAAACUGGGUUGCGUGUAGCAGUGAAGAAGCUAUCCAGACCAUUUCAGUCCAUUAUUCAUGCCAAAAGGACCUACAGAGAACUGCGGUUACUUAAACAUAUGAAACAUGAAAAUGUGAUUGGUCUGUUGGAUGUUUUCACACCUGCAAGGUCUCUGGAGGAGUUCAAUGAUGUGUAUUUGGUGACCCAUCUCAUGGGGGCAGAUCUGAACAACAUUGUGAAGUGUCAGAAGCUUACAGAUGACCAUGUUCAGUUUCUUAUUUACCAAAUUCUCCGAGGCCUCAAGUAUAUACAUUCAGCUGACAUAAUUCACAGGGACCUAAAACCUAGUAAUCUAGCUGUGAAUGAAGACUGUGAGCUGAAGAUCUUGGAUUUUGGACUGGCUCGACACACAGAUGAUGAAAUGACAGGCUACGUGGCCACUAGGUGGUACAGGGCUCCUGAGAUCAUGCUGAAUUGGAUGCAUUACAACCAGACAGUUGAUAUUUGGUCAGUGGGAUGCAUAAUGGCCGAGCUGUUGACUGGAAGAACAUUGUUUCCUGGUACAGACCAUAUUAACCAGCUUCAGCAGAUUAUGCGUCUGACGGGGACCCCCCCUGCUUAUCUCAUUAACAGGAUGCCAAGCCAUGAGGCAAGAAACUACAUUCAGUCUUUGACCCAGAUGCCGAAGAUGAACUUUGCAAAUGUAUUUAUUGGUGCCAAUCCCUUGGCUGUCGACUUGCUGGAGAAGAUGCUUGUAUUAGACUCAGACAAGAGAAUCACAGCCACCCAAGCCCUUGCGCAUGCCUACUUUGCUCAGUACCACGAUCCUGAUGAUGAACCAGUGGCUGAUCCUUACGAUCAGUCCUUUGAAAGCAGGGACCUCCUUAUAGAUGAAUGGAAAAAUGAUGACACCCUCUGGACCUUUGAGAUGCUUAUAUCUGACCUGAUUUUGCGUACAGCCCUUCACAUCUGCACAGAGCUUUGAGGCCUGACCUACGGUGAAGUCAUCAGCUUUGUGCCCCCGCCCCUUGACCAAGAAGAGAUGGAAUCUUGAGCACCUGGUUUCUGUUCUGAUCCCACUUCACUGUGAGGGGAAGGCCUUUUCAUGGGAACUCUCCAAAUAUCAUUCAAGUGCCUCUUGUUGCAAAGAUUUCCUCCAUGGUGGAAGGGGCGUGUGUGUGUAUCUGUGUCUAUGUGUGCAUGAGCACACAUGCAUGCGCACGUGUGUGCGUGUGCAUGUGCACUUAUGUGUGUCUGUCUUUGUGGGAGGGUAAGAGAAGGUGAGCAAACAAUGAUCGCAGUGACUUUAUGUAGAGGUAAGAUGCUCCGUGGCAGCCUCUGCUUGCUCUUUGUGAGGGUCAGAUUGGGCAGGCAAGAGCUGCCAUCUCAUAGGGUUUGUUAAAAGCAAAGUGAAGAUUAUUAAAUGUCCCAGCUCUUGGUCAUGCUUUUGUCAUCCUGUGGCCCCACCUUGAUGGUGGGGGUGUAGAUUGACCACAUCCCAUGGUGGCACAGAGAGAAGACGUGCACCGUCUGGCUGCUUCAGAUCUGAAGCCGUCCCUCAGCCAUGAGAACAGCCAAAAAGGACCAACUGGCUUCUGUGCACUAGGCUAUGAUUAACUUGCUCAGUAUGAUUCUCAGAACUCAGCAGUGUAUCCGAAACUGUAAAUAUGUUUGUGCCUUAAAAGGAGAGACGGAGUGUAGAUUGUAGGAAAGUACAGCCAGUGAGGUUCUGGGCCAGGCAGGUAGUCAGGCUGUCGGACGGCCGUUUAUGAACCCGAAGUAACCCGGGAGCCCUCUGAGGCACCGUGUGUGCAUGUGUGAGCAUGCAUAUAUGUGCUUCUCUCUCUUUCUGCCUCACCCCCCCAGGCAUUGCCGUUCCUUUGCUUAUGCCCACCUUCCAUGCAGAGGUUCCCUGAGUAUCAGCCCCAGUAGUGAGAAGCCAGUUCUUGCUGUCAGUAUACCUCCUGUGUGUUCUUUUUUCCUAGCAGAGUGGCAAUAUGUUUUGCACGUCUUGCUAUUUGAGCAUGCACAGCUGCUUGUCCUGUUCUCCUCGGGAGGCCCUGGUGCCAGUGGAGACCUCUUGGGUCGUUCAGAACCCACGUCCCUGCAGCUGACGCUGUGGGCAGGUGACGACAUCCUCUCUUCAGCUCCCAGUGCUGUUUUGUGUUGAACACAAUUGAUAUUCCAGGUGCUUUUGAUGUGAAAACUAUGAAGAAAUGGAACAGAUGGGUGUAUAACAUUAUCAGUCUUGCCAUCUGAUUUUCAACAAACUGUUUUUGAGGAGCUAUCAUGGGAAAGAUCAGGGCUUUUCCCAGGAAUAUCUCAGACUUUGGAAAACAAGUUGUUCUCUUCACUCCCAGUAAUCAGUGCUAAGAAAUGCUGAAAAUCAAAGUGAAAAAUAAAAGCUCAUGAGGACAGAAACUCCUUUGGCUACCUUUGCUAAAUAUGAUAUUUAAAAAAAAAAUAGUAACGAGAUGUCUCUUCCACCCUUCUUUGGAAAAGGGUCUUCUUGGCAGCUUAACAUUGACUUCUUGGUAAGAAUGUGAUUCCUUUUGAUGGGGAGAAAGGGCAAAUUAUUUUAAUAUUUUGUAUUUUCAACUUUAUAAAAGGUGAAAUAUCCUCAGGGGUGGAGAAGAGUUGUUUUCGUAAUUUUCGAAUUUCAGGCAUCUUCUGCUACAUAUGGGCCCAUAUAGUCAAAGCUUUUGUGAAAUAAGAAAGUAUAAAGCCACUUCCAGGAUUGACUGUGUGAUGAAAUCUUGUACUGGGACUAAGGUAUUUGCAUUUCUCUGUCACAGCGCAGUGAUUCAUGCACUCCAGAGGGACAGGGUAGGACCCUUGAGUCAGCUGGAGCAAGAAGGAAGGAGGCGGGCCGGGGGUGAUCUCACCUCUCCCCUCUCUAAAGGAAAGUGAGUGCGAAGGCCUCAUCUCCUUUAUAUGCAGUUCAAAUCCUCACAAUCCGCAGCAAGAUGAAUUGUAUCAGCCAUGUUUGGUUGUAAAUGCUAUUGUGAUUUUCUACAGAAAUACCGCUCUGAAUAUUUUCUCUUAAAGGUCUUUGCACAUGUGACCAUAUGUGUGUUAGGAGCCUGGACUCAGCUGGAGUCUGCAGAAGAGCUCCUUAACUUCUGAGCAUAAUGCUCCAUCUCCUGAUUUCUCUGAACAGAAAACAAAAGAGAGAAUGAGGGAAAUUGCUGUUUUAUUUGUAUUCAUAAAACUUGGCUGUAAUCAAUUAUGCCAUAUAGGAUGUCAUACAAUACCACUGGUUAAAAUAAAGGCUAUUUUUCAAAUGUA